CGCCAAUAAUUCGAAUAUCUCAAUUAUUUUGUGUCUAGAUGGGAAGUUGAUCAGGUUUCUCCAACCUAGGGUUGUUCAAAUUGUACAACCACUUCAUUGUACUAAGCCAUGAUGGAGAAUAAAAAGGAAGAGAAGAAAAAAGAAGUGGAGUGUGUGUACCCAGAUGGUGGGUACGGUUGGGUCAUAGUGUUUGCCAUUGUAUUGAUAAAUUCAACAUUGAUGAGUUUGGUCCAAUUCUUCGGAAUAAUUUUCCAUGAUGAGUUUGCUUCCAUGGGAAUAUCAGCCGCACAAACAUCAUUUCUUCUUCACCUUCACAGUUCAAUGUACUGUGUUGUAGGUUUUGUUAGUAGCCCGUUGCUCAAAAAGUAUAAUUUCCAAGUGGUGGCUGGCCUAGGUGCCUUUUUCUGGUGUUUGGGUAUUCUGAUCACUAGUUUUGCUGAUUCGUACUCGCUUUUGAUAUCUUCUGUAUCACUUCUUAUAGGACUGGGUCAAGGAAUAUUGUUGCCUGCAACAUACCUCGCCACAUACUCAUACUUCAAGAAAAGACUGACUCUGGCUGUAAGCAUUUCGACCACUGGCGCCAGCCUGGCGUCCAUUUUCAUGCCGAAAGUGUGCGAUAUUUUGCUGGCGCGUCUGGGCAGGCGCAACACCGUCCUAGUAUUAUUUGCGAAUUCGCUUUUGUCGUUGGUGGGUGUAUUCCUUCUGAGACCGGUGAGGAGGAAUGAUCCGGUUGUGGUGGAGGAAUCGCAGAAGAUGAAGGAAUUGGAGGAACUGAAGAGAUCUGAAGAUGAGACAAUUAAUUGCGAUAUGAUGGUGAAGGAAAAUACACAAGAUCAGCUGUUGACCUCCAACGUAUACAACGAAACGACGCUACCCUGCGCGAAACCCAAAAACGGCUUGCUUACCAAACUGUACGACCUUUUCGACCUCGACCUCUUCAAACACCUCCCCUUCAUUUUGGUGGUGGUUGGCCUUGGAAUAUCUUUUUCGGCUGAGCUCAGCGUCAUCUUGAUGAUGCAGUUUCUGCUGCCGGAACUGUCGAAUUUCACGAGGUCUGACGUGGCGAACGUGACAUCGUUCCAGUUCGCUUUCGAUAUCGUCGGGAGGUUGCUGGUGCCGUUUUUGGGGUAUAGAUUGGAUGUGGCUCCCAAGUUGAUGUAUAUGGGGGCUUUGGUGCUGGCGACUUUUGCCAGAACAGUUCUUGCAGUUUUCGGCAAGUCCUUUGGGGUAGUUUACUUCUCCUGUUGUUUAAUUGGUCUGACAAAGGGCACCAGAGCGGUGUAUCAAUCGGUGAUAAUUCCGAAAAUCUUGCCUCUGGAAAAAAUUCCUGCUGCCAAUGGUAUCACCAUGUUGUUCAAUGGAGGUAUUUCGCUGGUGCUCGGACCCAUAAUAGGUGCCAUCCAUGAUGCAGCUGAAUCGUAUGUACCUGUUCUACACACUGCUUCGGCCUUAUCAUUCACUUGUGUCAUUUUAUGGGUAUUGGACAGUAUAUUCCGCAAGAAGAAGGCAGUGAUUCCGGAUCUGUAAGAUAAGCAAAAAACACUACAUUUCAACAUUGUAUUGUUUCGUUUUUGUAGCUUCUCCUAUCUCAGUUUUCAUUAUCUUCCUUAUUUGAUUUGUUUUUGACUCGGCCAUUUUUAUUUUCGUGUUCCAAGAAUAUGAUAAUUUAUUUUCUUUUCCGCACCUGAGAGUUUUCUGUCAUUGUCCAUAGUUGAUGUUGAUAUGGAUAAAAUAUGUUUGAUAAUGACAAUUAUUUAUAAGAAUCAAAAUCUAUCAUUCGACAGUUACUAGUAGGUAGGUUAUAAUGAAUAAUUAUAUUCAUCAUUGAUAAUACCGGGGGAACAACUAAGAACGGCUGUCGGUCAUAUCUCAACAACGAAUAAUGAUACAAGUUUGAGAUAGAAUAAAUCUAAUGGCUUCAUAUCAUUACACGAUGAAAAAGAGAAACUUUAUCUCAACAGACCAACGAAAACCGCAACAUGAUAACUUUUCACCAACGGAAGGUAUCAACUAUCAAAGUUGGAACAAUGAUAGAUAAAACAACCAUUCUUAGUUGUUCACCCCGUACAAUGAUCAUGUAAAGGUUUGAUAGUUAUUUUUCUCAUGACGGGAAAAAAGUUUGGCAUUUCAUCUCUGUUGGCAGGUUAAAAAAUGUCACUUUUCAUAAAAGUACUCAUUUUUUUCCCGGGUAUAUAUCACAUAUAUAUACCUAUACACUGUCGAUGGCUUUUGUUGUGCUAUAAAUAGUUCAAAAAAAUGAAUCAACAUCCGAGAAAGACCUGCAAGUCCUUUUAAUCCUUUUAUCUUCCAUUCGACUUCGCGGCUACGUAUAUUACUUAACACUUACUAAAUUCGCAAUUUUUUGAAAUCAAAUCACAGAAUUAGACUGACACGAGUGACAUCAAAUAUUUGAUUACUUCAAAAGAAUGAUAAAGAUGCCUAAAACGUAGGUGUCCCUACUGUUAAAAACUUAAAAUUUCACGUCGAUAAUUUUCAGAUUUCAAAAUAAUGUAAUAUCUUCUCAAUAUUGAUUCGUCCUUUCUUCUGUCAUAGAAAAAAAAAAAUUGUAUUAUACACGGGAAAAAUAUUAGAUUUUAGCUCACCGUUUUUUGUCUCCCGACGCGUAGCUAAGUCUACUACUUUUUUCCCUUGUAUAAUAAAUAACUAUUAUUAUACAAGGGAAAGAAGUAGUAGAUUUUAGCUCUAGGUUGUGUUGACAAAAAACCGUGAGCUAAAAUCUAAUAUUUUUCCCGUGUAUAAUACACUAUUUUUCUCUGUGACAGAAGAAAGGACGAAUCAAUAUUGAGAAGAUAUUGAAUUAUUUUGAAAUCUGAAAAUUAUCGACGUGAAAUUUCAAGUUUUUAACAGUAAGGACACCUGAUGCGUUGUAGGCAUCUUUAUCAUUCUUUUGAAGUAAUCAAAUAUCUGAUGUCACUUCUGUCAGUCUAAUUCUGUGAUUUGAUUAAAAAAAAUUGCGAAUUUAGUGGUUGUUCAGUAAUUUACGUAACCGCGAAGUCGAAUGGAAAAUUAAAGGACUUGCAGUUCUUUCUCGGAGACUGUAUUAUUGACUCAUUUUUCGGAACUAUAGCACAACAAAAGCCAUCUACAGUGUAUAUAUAUAUGAUAUAUAUCCGGAAAAAAGUACUCACUUUUUUCCCACGGGAAAAAAGUAAUUUAUGAAAAGUGACAUUUUAUAACCUGCCAACAGAGAUGAAAUGCCAAACUUUUUUCCCGUCACAGAAAAACAAAUUUAUUGAAGCUUUAUAUGGCAAUUGGGAAAAAACUCAGACACGUCGAUUGUCUAUUCCAGAUGGGCAGUUGUUGGUGUACUGAUAUUUUUGAUGACGUCAUCUUCAUAAAUUUCAAUGUUAUGAAUGAAAUAAAAUUUCAAUCAUUUCUCGAAAAUACGGUUAUGGAACAUGGGAAAAAAUAGGAAAAUAAUAUGACGUCCCUAUACACAGAAGAAUGGGUUCUCUUAGAAAGUAUUAUGAAAAUAGGGUAUGGUCAUUAAAAAAACCAUAAUGACGUCAUAAGUUUAACAGUAAUGACGUCACAAGAUAUAUGAGUAGACCAAAACAUACGCAAAACAAAAAAAAACGAACUUUUCCCCACUGGCCAUAUCAAGCUUUUAACGUAUUUGUUCCAACCUUUACUUAAUCACUAUAUAAAAAUCGAUGACGUCGCAUAUCAACUAGCUCAAUCUGAUUUACCGAGUUUAUAAUAAGGAAAUCAGUGAAUAAUCUCACAUGUUUGAUUACAUCUUUCAUACUAUCAUUCAGGUAUAAUUAAAUCGAAAACUUCGAAAACAUGUUUACCCCAUAUUGUAUUUAAACGCCCCAUCGAUGAAUUCAUGAUAUACACUGAUAAUGACAAGGAUUUUUCAUCUUGAAUUGGAACAGAGACGACUAUGAAGUGUAUCCUUCUAUUUUGGAUCAUCAGUGUGUUUCUUGCUCUAUGAAAUUGAAGUUUAUAAGUGCAGUCAUUCUUCAUUCCUUCAUCAUUAUGUGCUAUUCUUCUAGAACUUAUCGAAAUCUUGCUAAUCUUGUGUUGUGGUGCGAGGAAUCUGUUUAUUUUCAUUGACGAGGCCUAAAUCAAGGUUAAUUUCUUUCAAAUUGGAUAAUUUCAAAGUUGUGUGGAUCAUAUGCUUGUAGGUUUGUUUUUCAUGGAUAUUGCAGUGUAUAUAUUAUAACCAUGCAAGUAAUAUUUGCAAAACCGUGUUCUAGUUUAUUUUCAAUUGGCUUGACUUAACUCUUUAUGCAGGGUGUUUCAUAAUAUAUGCGCAGGACUUCAAGAUGUGAGAGUUCGUUCAAGAAUAUGAAGAACAAAUUUCUAUUAUCUCUACCUUUGAAAUGCACUAUUUUCGAGAUACAGAGCUAGGGUGUUGAAAUUUAGGAAAAAAAUCGUUUUUCGCGAAUAUUUCUGGAACCGUUUAUCUCACAAAAAGUAGCCUUCGUAAGCAUUUUCGACUCAUAAUAAGCUAUGUUUUGUGGGGAAUUCACAUUUUUUCAGGUCAUAAUUGGUGAAGAUUCUGAAGGGGUGGUGAGUGUUUUUCAACCCAACUUCUACGCCACUGGAAUAAGUACAGUUCUGAGCAACUCAUUUGAACUGCCAAUAUUUCCUACACAAAAAAAUCUUACUCUUGACCAAACGCUCUAAAGACCGUUUUCGGGAAAAAUCAACUUUUAUGUUAAAAAUCAUGGUAAAUUUUUGAAAAAUUGCAACAAUUCUUAAUUUGAAUGAGUAAGAGUUGCUAUUGUUUUCUUUUCAUUUUUGUGUAAAGUUGAAGUUUGGUUUUGUAACUUGUUCUAAAGUUCAAAUAGAUUUUGUUCAAUUGUUAAAAAAUUUAUUUCCAAAAAUUUACCAUGAUUUUCAACAUGAAAGUUGAUUUCUCUCAAAAACAAUCAACUUUAGAGCUUAUGACCACAAGUAUCUUUUUUGUGUAGAAAACAUUGGCCGUUCGAAUGGGUGGCUCAAAACUACUUUUUCCAGUGGCUUAGAACCCUUCAAAAUCUUCACUAAUUAUGACUUGAAAACAAAAAAAUCCGCACAAAACAUAGCUUAUUAUGAGUAGAAAAUGCUAACGAAAGCUGUUCUCUGUGCGAUAAACGGUUCUAAAGAUAUUCGCAAAAAACGAACUUUUUUUUUCAAAUUUCAACACCAUGUAUUUCGAAAAUGGUGAAUUUUAGAGGGUAAGUUGAUAAAAACUUUUUUCAUAUUUUUGGACAAGUUUUCAGAUCCUGAAGUCCUGAACAUAUAUUAAGAAACACCCUGUAUACUUAUAACUCUCAGCCAUUGAUUAUUAUAGUCGUGCAAUUCGUACCAAGAAGGAGUCGAUUUUUUUAUGAAAUCAUAUUAGGAAUUUUUUGCAGACAAUUUAACUUCAUAUUAUUGUUCCUCAUGCUUUCGAACCCAUACUUAGUCAUUGUUUUUAUUUUCUGUCUCGAAAAAAGUUUUUUCAAAUUAACCGUAAAUGCAACGUUCCAAGCUCCAGUAGGUAGAAAAUUAUGGUUUGAUGGAAAAAACGUUUCCGAGUAAAUAUUCAUUUAGCUUCGCAAAAACGCUGUUUGAAUGUGUCUAUUUUUUGAAUUCUUCAUAGAAAUCGUAUGAAAAUUCAAAUGUGGGAGUUUGAAACCAUGAGGUUUAUGGGGUCAUUUUUUCAGCAAAAAAAAUCCCAAUUUAUUAUGAUUUUAUAAAACAAUUACCGUUUUGAUUAUAAUAAAAAUGCAUAGCUUUUUGGGAAAUUUGAUGUUUAUUAUUAUUAUUGUUUGCUCUUUGUCCUGAAGUACUUGAAUUAGAGGCUAAAAGGUGUAUUAUUUUAGGUGAAUAGUUUCAUCACACUUCAUCAUGCUAAGUCCAUUGAAUUGGAAUAGUGUUUCUUUCGUCAGAAUGUUAUUUAAUAAAUCAAUAAACAUAAUCAAAAUGUAUUUGAAUUGAAAACGAACAUGUAGAAUAAAGACUGAACAUGUACCUGUUAUAACAUAAAUCAUCUUUUGGCAGGCCGUGAUGCUUACGAUACUACUACGAUACUUACUAUUUCCAUUUUCACGUCUACCAGAGAUUAUUUUCAUUGGAUCUGUAAAUACAUUGUAUGUUUUUUUCUUCAAAUAUAAUGCCCUUAUACCUGA